AUGGACCAUCAGCUUAUCCUCCCUUCCGCUCCCGCAGACGGUGUACGCGUCCUGGCGUUAAACAGACCCUCCAAGCGCAACGCCCUCUCGCAGGAACUCAUAACCGUCUUUCUGGAACAGCUGAAGGCAGCAUCCAGGGACGAUGGCGUGCGAGUCAUUGUCAUCACUGGCAGCUCGACUUUCUUUUGCGCCGGAGCUGAUAUCGGGGAGAUCUCACGCCUCGAUGCGGAAGGCGCGCGGGACUGCCGCUACUUGUCGGAGCUUUGUACGGGGAUGCAAGCCGUGCGCAAGCCUUUGAUAGCGGCUGUUGAGGGAAUGGCGCUCGGUGGGGGUUUUGAGCUUGCUCUCAUGUGCGACCUGAUUUUUGCAGCGCAUGACAGUCGAUUCGGUCUCCCAGAGGUCACAAUUGGUCUUAUCCCUGGUGCUGGCGGUACACAGCGGCUGACCAGUGCCGUGGGAAAGUUCAAGGCUAUGCAGAUGAUCCUUCUCGGUCGUCCCAUCCAAGCAGAAGAGGCUCAGUCUGCAGGUCUAGUUGCGCAGCUCUACGAAAGCGGCAGCGUCUUGAACAACGUGGUGAAGGACACGGCAUCGACGCUUGCGGCGCUUAGCCCCAUGGCUUUGGGCUUGGCUAAAGAAGCAAUUUGUAAAUCGGAUGAUUUGGGUGCUGAUCACGAGUUUGAGAGAAGUUUGUAUUACUUUGCUUUUGGGACCAAGGAUAAAGAAGAGGGUGUCAAAGCCUUCUUGGAAAAGAGGAAACCUGAGUGGAGGUCCAAAUAA